AUGUCGUUAUCACCCGAACGUGAAGGGCUUUUGACCCCCGCCGCAUUUGAUCGCAAUGGUCUUCGACUCAGUGUCGAGCCCGAGGCGAGGGCUACUCCUCCGCGUACUCCCCCUCCCCAAAUGCAAGAACAAUUUCUGACUCCAGGUGGACCUCGGCCAACGAUGGCAGUAUUAAUCAUCAAACCUCAUGCAACAAAGCAGAGACUCAAGAUUGAAAAGCGAAUACUCGAAGCUGGCUUUGAGAUUCUCAAGGAACGCAAAAUGGGAUUUCAUCUUGACGGGUCUGGCGUUGUUGAACUAUUUGGUCCUGACGCUCCGUCGCUGUCUGGUGAGCCGGUCUGGGUAUACGUUCUCUCCCGACCUCGGUCCGCCUCGGUCCUUUCCGCUCUUGUCGGCCCACUCGAUCCUCUUGCGGCACGCAGGUCUGACCCAGAAUGUCUCCGCGCCCUCUACGGAUCCAACCGUUGGGAGAAUGGAGUAUGGACGACCAGGGAUGAAUCUAGCGCCGAACGCAUUGUUUCCGAGUUAUUUGCCGGAAGUCCGAUUAUGGAACUAUCUGAUCUACCCAGUGCACACAGUUCACCUGAUCGUCGGCGAGUUCGUAAAACCCCAUCUCAUUCAGGUUCGAUACGCAGUCAUUUGAGCUCCGAGAAUAGGUCGAAUUCCAAUUCUCGUGGUGGUUCGGUUCCUCCUCCCGCGACUGUAGCCAAGUCUCCCGCUGGAUCCAGGGCUCGGCCUGCGCCUUCUGCUACAGCUUCUCCCUCGGUUGUCCCCAGGACUACACGUGCGGCCGAUCUUCGUGCCGGAAAUGCUGCUCCUCCACCGCCUCGGCAGCGACAAAGCCAAGAAGAGCGCGAGCGAACAUUUGAAGGUGUCCCGGGCCACAAGCGCCGAGAGAGUUUCAGCGUGGCCAGCACUGCCGCUCCGACGAUCGCACCCCGUCAGAACCGGAGCGCGAUGCUACGAGCCCAGAAACAAUCUGACGGCGAUAGCUCCAACUCGACGAAAUUCCCGAGCAUGAGUGAUUCUCGAGAAAGGCGGACCAUGUCGCCUGAAGAGCUCGAAGAGAAGAACCGUACUACGUUUGAGGGCGUUCCGGGGCACAAGCGACGCGAGAGUAUCAAAGUUGCUAGCACAGCCACGCCUAUUGUUGCACCACGGCCAAAUCGUAGUUCAUUGCUUAGAGCACAGAAGAUGGCUGCUGGUGGCGGAAGCUCGGGGCCUGGCGGCGCGCCGCCUUCGUCGUUCAAGGGUUCUAUGAGUGAGAGCGGGCCUGCAAGGACCUUGAGCACCAGGAGCUCUGUAGGGUCCAUCGGGGCUUCGACUACCAAGGCUGACCGACGGGCUUCAAUUGCCAUCCCUCGGCAAGCCCCUGCUACUGUUUCCACUGCUGCUAGCAAGAGGCUCAGUCUCGCGUUGCCCUCUCAACCGAAUUCCAACUCGAAUACCGGGGGAGCCCUCACUCCCAUCUCAAACGGAACCAGGUCUCCUCGUCCAGCUUCGGUUAAUUCACAGGCGCCAAAAGUUCCUCCAAAGAUGAGUCCGAACCCCAAGAAACCGGAUAUUGAACCGCGAACAAACAAGAGCGCCUUGUUGAGGGCGGCUGCCAAGCUGAAAUCUGCGGCUGGGGCGUCGGUUGGCAAGAGCACCUCACGCAAGAACUUUGCUUUCUAA